AUGGAGGAUGAAGCUCUGGCGACGGUGAAGAUGGAGGAGGUUAAAAUCGAAGAUAGCCCUGCGCCAAAUGGCAUCAAGAUGGAGCGGGAUACGAGCAGGACGUCUUCGCAGAACAAGAGCAGUCACGGCUCACGCGCCGUCAGCAUGUCUCCCGGCGACGACAACGCCAACGACGAUGCCGGCUCGACGCCGGGCACGAACAAUCGAUCGAGACUUUCUCGCAAGGUGUCGCAGAAGCCGGUGAAGCGUGAAGCGCCGCUUUUCGGCGACUUGCCUGAUAUGACGGAGGAAUCAUGCAGUACCUUCCAGGUUAUCCCAGACUGCCUUUACGGAUCGAAACACAUGGGGUCUACUGAUAAUGAUGCCUUGGACUGCGAUUGCCGUUCCGAGUGGCAAGACGGAAAAAAUUACUCAUGCGGCGAGGACUCCGACUGCAUUAACAGAGCGACGAAGAUGGAGUGUGUUGUGGGUGUCGGCAAUUGUGGCGAUGGCUGCCAGAACCAGAGAUUUCAGCGCAAACAGUAUGCCAACGUUUCAGUCAUCAAGACCGAGAAGAAGGGAUUCGGCCUCCGCGCCAACGCCGACAUGCAAGCCAAUGACUUUAUUUUCGAAUACAUCGGUGAGGUUAUCAACGAACCGACUUUUCGGCGGCGCAUGAUGCAGUACGACGACGAAGGUAUUAAACAUUUUUACUUCAUGUCGCUCACCAAGCACGAGUUUGUCGAUGCGACAAAGAAGGGCAAUCUAGGUCGGUUUUGCAACCAUUCUUGCAAUCCGAAUUGCUACGUUGACAAAUGGGUUGUGGGAGAAAAGCUUCGGAUGGGUAUUUUUACCUCACGCAAAAUCAGGGCUGGCGAGGAGUUGGUGUUCAACUACAAUGUCGACCGCUACGGAGCCGACCCGCAGCCCUGCUACUGUGGCGAGCCCAACUGCACUGGAUUCAUUGGUGGCAAGACCCAGACCGAGCGGGCAACCAAACUACCCCUUGCAACUGUGGAAGCCCUUGGUAUCGACGAUGGCGACAGCUGGGAUACUGCCGUGGCCAAAAAGCCUCGCAAGAAGAAGCCAGAGGAGGAUGAUGAGGAGUACGUUAACAGCGUGCAGGCCCGCAGUCUCAAUGAGGAUGGUGCACGCAAGGUUAUGGCGACCUUGAUGCAAUGCAAGGAGAAGUGGAUUGCGGUCAAGCUGUUGGAGCGUAUUCAGCAGUGCGAUGAUGAACGUGUGAUACACUGUGUCAUGCGCAUGCACGCCUACCAGAUCCUUAAGACCACCCUCAACACAUUCAUUGACGACCACAAUGUCGUGCUUCAGGUCUUGAAUAUUCUCGACAAAUUUCCCAGGCUGACGCGAAACAAAAUCGAAGCUUCAAAGAUUGAAGCGACAAUUGACGGCCUUACACAUUCAGAACAUCAGAAUGUCAGCGCAAAGUCAAAGAAACUGUUGGAAGAAUGGGCAAAGCUCGAGCUAGGCUACCGUAUUGGGAAGCGAAAGUUUGACCCCAACGCCUCUGCGACGAACUCCUUCCAAGAAAGACGCAACGCAGACCGCGAGGAAGACGUUACCGCCAAAUCAACUCCCGAUCCAUUGCAGAAUGUUGAGAUUCCAAAAGGCCCACGAAGCAGCAUGCCGCAACGAAACCCGCAUUUCUUCAAUGGGCCGCCUCGCCAUCGAAGACCCCAGAAUUUCCACAACAACGGCCCUCUGCCAGCCGGAUGGUUCACAGCAGCAGAUCAACGUGGAAACACCUACUUCUAUAGUAAGAAUGGUGUUACAACGUGGCAGCGGCCAACGAAGCCUGCCGACGCGCAAAAGCCAACUAACAAGGUUCUGCAAGAGCAACAAUUGCUGAAAAACAUUAUUGAUCAAGUCACAAAGGAGCAAACCCCCAGACCUUCAGCUUCACAGACGCCGCAGCGGGCCGAAACCCCUGUCCAAGAGACAAAGCAAGAAAAGUGGCGCUCUCUUAGCGUUGAAAAGCAGAUGAAGAUCUAUGAGAAUACGCUCUUCCCCCACGUAAAAUACGUGAUCGAUAAGUAUAGACAUAAAUUGCCUAAAGAGGAUCUCAAGAAACUUGGCAAAGAUGUCAACAAGAAGCUAGUCUCAUCGGACUACAAGAGGAACCGUGUACAGGACCCUACAGUCCCCUUGGAUCAGAAGCAGGCCAGGAAGGUGAAGACCUACGUCAAGGAUUUUCUGGACAAGGCCGUCGUAAAAAUGAAGAGUUAUGAGAGAGAGAAGGCUACACGACAGGACAAGACAAAAGGCCCAAGCUCUGCCCCUGCGGCUGCAGACGGUGAUAUCACCGUGGCUGAUGUAGCUGAUGAAGUGAUGCUUUCGGAUGAUGAAGACGCCGGUUCAACGGGCAGCCCGGAAAAGAAGCGGAAGCGUGAGGAAGAGGCGGCUGAGUCACUGGACCUCACUCCUAAUGAUGGCCCUUCGACAAAGCGCUUGAGGGAGGAUGAUGUGGAGGACGGCGCACCACCGCCUCCUCCACCUCCACCACCCACAGAACCGGUUCCUACCGAUUCCCCGGAGUCUCUGACUGAAGAGCAACAAGCGCUUAGAGAGCAGGAGGAAGCUCUGAUGAGAGAGAAUGAAGAAGCAGAGCGGCUCGAGGAAGAGGCCACCAAGGCCCAGGGAAUGAAUGAGGAAAUCAUGCCCCGGAUAAACGGUGGCGUAAUAGUAACUGGUGAAGGAGAUCUCGCUAGCGACCCUCGCACCAAGGGCAACGAGACGGCUCGACAACAGGAGGUUCUCGGCCACUAG